CUCAGCUGCUAAUUUAUACAUAUAUUGUAAUGUCUUACCUUCAAUAAUACUUGCCGAUUUUUAUAUGAAUUAAAAUAUUUUAAUAAUAUGGAAAUGUAUAUGUGGAUGAAGUAUUUAUUCUGUUAUAGUUAUUAAAAAAUGGUGUGCUUAGUUUGGUGACUUUAGAGCACUUUAGAGAUUGUCAUCCAUAACGACCAUAACCUAUACGUAAUCACAUUGCGCGAAACAGUGAUCAUGUCGGCAGGAUGGUUGAUAAACAAUUUUCGUUCAACAUAUAGUCACGCUGUUGGAAGGAAUGUGUACUCUUGUUUGUUUAUACAAUCCAGAGAUUAUGCAGCUAGAAAAGGUACAAGAGAAAAAGCUAGAAAGAAAAAACUUAAACUGGCAGCUCAGAAAGUUGGAUAUAAUCCUGAGCUGAGAAAGAAGAGAAUUUCAAAGGAAAAAGCACGAACCUCACCAAUCACUAUAAUAAACUAUGAAGAUUUGAAAAAGGAAUCAAUUGAUGACGUGUGGUUUUUGAAAUAUCAUAAGCCACCAGUUUAUUCCUUCAAAGAAGCUAUAGAAUUCCACCGUGAAACACAUCACCCAACCAUGUACAAUACACCUAAUGCAAAUGUUUGUGCACGUAUUGGUUUAAAUUUACAGAGUGAAAAGAAAACAAAAACAAUCUCCAGAUUUACAAAAAUUAUUAAUACGCCACAUUUAUUCGAUACUGGCGGAAAAAGAUCAGUAUUAGCUUUUAGUAAAACAGCACAAGAUCAGGAAAGUGCUAAAGAAGCUGGAGCUGAUUUUGUUGGUGGUAUUGAAUUAAUUAAACAAAUUCAAAGUGGAGACUUUCCAUAUAAGGAAUAUGAUCAUAUUGUAGCUCAUCCAGAUAUUUUAGCUGACUUAUUGUUAAUUAGAGGCUUAUUAAAGAGGAAUUUUCCGAAUGCGAAACAUGGUUCUUUGAGUAACAAUUUGGCACGUGCUGUUAAAAUGUUCAUGCAUGGAAUUCAAUAUACUAUGGAACCAAAUAAAACCUUUCAACACUAUGGUCAAAUUUAUGUGGCUUUUGGAACGCUUGAUAUGGACUUGAAACAGUUAGAAGAAAAUUGGUCUUUUCUUAUUAAUGAUAUUUAUUCGAUGAAACCAAAAAUCAAUGAGCCUUUUAUUUUGAGAGUUGAAUUUGCGAGUCCACCAUCACAUGAAAUGUUCAAAAUUGAUCUUGAACCAUAUCUUCCAAAGAAAACUGAACCAAGCGGAGAAGAUGGAGAAGAAGAUGAAAAUAAUAGUGCUGCAGUUAUCGCUACGAAUUAAAUGUUUAAUCAAGCAAAUAAAACAAUAUGCAUUUAUCAUUCAAAAUUAAAUACUUGUUAUUAUGAAAUAAAUAGGAUAGGUGCUUUAGUGUUUAUCCUAUUUUGUAGUAUACUUAAUAAAUAUAUUCGAAUAAAUAUAUAAUUAUAUUCGAAUUACUUUUAAUUAUAAUUUAUUCAUUCAAUUUAGUCAUAAAAUUAAAUCAUCAUAAGUUAAACGUAUAUAUAACUUUCUUUUUUUUAAGGAUUCGAUCUUUGUUGAAAGUCUUUAUCGGGAAAUUGUAUUCAGAAAUAAAGGUCGAAAUAAACAAAUAAGGUUGUG